AUGAAAGACGGGGUUCGUUUUUUUUUGUUCAUCUGAUUCAAAUAGUCAUGUCAAUGACUUUUCCAGGAAGAGGUAACUCCCGACUUCUUCCUCGUACGCAAACACCGGGAUAUGGUCACGGAAGACGAGGAGAGGCGGAUCGGAAUGCUCGCAUUCCUACUGUCUUUGACCAAACGACAGCUAGACCCUCGUCCGGUCUCAAUGUGGCCAGAGCAGCAAGGAAGCUAUCAAGAAUCUCAGGCGAGACGCUUUUUCAGCGUGGUGUGA